GGUAGGGUGCGGCAAUUCUGAGAUUUUGUGGCUGUGCACUACCACACCGCACCAACGCGAUGAUCCUUCUUACCAAGUAUACCUGCAGCUUUGUCCAUGGUGUGCAUUGUUCUCAGCAAUUCAUGCACCCCUGCAGUCUCGCCUGGCGCUUGGUCUUCACCGCCAGAUGGAAUCAACUACACGCCAGUCAACCACGACGCCGCGAGCUGCCUGAAAUUCAAAGACAGCUACCAACUUGAAGAACGGCCGCACAACAACAUGUUCAUCCUCGCGCAUGUCAAGUACUUCUAUGUGCCUUCCUUGGCCGUGGCCGUGGUUUAGGCUUUUUGUUCGGCUCACACUGUUGGUCGGUGCUGUUUUAAUGCAGCCUUCCACUGUCAAUAUGAAAGUUACGCACAUCCAGUUCUCCUUCAAAUUCUGGUGCAUACAGAUCUCAGUCACCAUGAUUCCAGUGCUCGGGGAGACCCUCAUAUGGGUUCCAUUGGUCUUGGUGCGUGCCAGCGUCUUUUCCCCAUUGUUCAUUCUCUGCAGCACCUGCGGCCAACGAGAGUUCGAACGUUCGCUGACUCGCUGCUGCCACGCCCACUACCGCAUCCGUGCCGCAACACGCCCAACACGUCCUCUAAACUCGGCCUCUCAAAGUCAUGUCUGAGAGGCGCAUAGUCGAUGAGUUUGACGAGUAUUACUGCUUAGUCAAUUAUCUUGUGUAUGAUUAGAGUAGUUGUCGGAAAUGAGCG